AUGACUUCGCGGUCGCGAAUGCAAAUCAAAAAGCCAGUCAUCAGCGCUGUAUCAGGAUAUGCUGUCGCUGGAGGAUUGGAGCUUUCCCUUCUCGGUGACAUUCGAGGCGCCGAAGAGACCGCGGUCUUUGGGGUGUUCUGCCGACGAUUCGGCGUCCCCCUCAUCGACGGCGGCACCGUUCGCUUGCAAGCCAUUGUGGGCCUCGGUCGAGCCCUCGACAUGAUCCUCACCGGCCGUGGAGUAUCCGCGGAAGAAGCGUUGCAUAUGGGCCUGGCUAAUCGGAUUGUGCCCAAGGGACAGGCUCUGGCAGAAGCAACAAAUAUCGCACGACAACUGCUGGUAUUCCCACAAGCUUGCAUGAACACCGAUAGGACGAGCUGUUAUUACUCAGCUUAUAGUGCUAGUUCAUUCGAGGACGCUCUGAGCAACGAGUUCAACCAGGGGAUCAAAGUGAUCAACACGGAGAGUGUCCGGGGUGCAGCGGAAUUUUCCAAGGGAGCGGGAAGACAUGGAAGUUUCGAAAAGGUCAAGAUUUGA